AUGGCGGAAUCCACAACAGAUGAACACCGCCCAGCAGGCUAUGACGAGGACUUUGUGGAAGCCGUUGAUGAAGAUUUGCAAUGUUUGAUAUGUCAUUUACCCCUUAAAGAGCCAAUUCAAACGAGAUGUGGCCACAGAUUUUGCAAAGAUUGCCUUGAGGAAUACAUUAGAAGGCAUCGAAGGGAAGGUCAGUCUAUAAUUUGUCCGGCAGACAGACAGAGUCUGGACCAAGACCGGGAUGUUUUUCCCGACAAAGCUACAGAAAGGAAAAUUCUUUCAUUGAUAAUCAAAUGUCCAAGUGACGGCUGUGGAUGGACUGGGGAACUGAGGAACAAGGAGGUUCACCUAGAAUCAUGUUCUUUCAUGCUCUUGGCGUGUGACCAUUUUUCCUGUGGAGCAAAAGUGCAAAGAAAACAUCUUGAACAACACCAACUUUCUGAGUGUCCCUGGAGAAUCCUUUACUGUGAAUACUGUAGCGAGCCCCACCCAGAAUGCCAAAUGCUGGAUCAUAUCCAAAAGUGCAGCGGGUUCCCAGUAACUUGUCCAAACAGUUGUGGUCGUUCAAUUCCUAGAAGAAUGGUUUCAACUCACACUGAAGACGAAUGUCCAUUAAGUAUAAUUUCCUGUCCAUAUGCGCGUAUGGGCUGUCAAACAAAGGUGAGUAAGAACAAAGUAUUAGAUGUUAAGAGUAAAGUGUUACAUGGCUGUUUCCAAGAUAAAUGA